UGAAUUCUACACAGGGUUCUUCGUAUUACCUUGCAAUUUUCACCGAACCCAAAGUUUUCUUGCAUGGCGGUGGCUUGUUUGGCAUCAAAAGUCUUAGAAUCCAAGAAGUCUCAGAAGUAUUUUACAUUGUGGUAAAUUGACGUGACACGUGAAACACGAAUCACGUGUUACUGUAGUAAAGUUCUAAGCAGAUAGCCAGACUCCACGAGCGUAAGAAUUAACUAUUUCCCGAUCGAUGCUCUGUCUCUAACUGGUAUGGAUGUAAGAGGUCACCUCUACGAGUCGCUCUUGCUGUUGGCUAUACUUUCUUCUCCCGCCUACGGAGACUACAUUGAUCACCUAGACCAAGAAGAGGGGACUGACUAUAACGCCACUGGUGUAAAGAUUGUCAUAGUAUAUGGAGUAGUGCUGGCCAUCCAGGUGAUCGUCUUCUUUAUUUUUGCGUGCAAGGCAUGGGAUGCAGUUUUUAAAUCUCGGUCAGUUGCUGAGGAUUCUGAAUCACAGUUGACAAACGAAUUCCCAUUCUUGCCUUCUUAUGAGAUGGCGAUGAAUGAAGUUCGAACGAGUCAACAGAGUGUUGCUAGCAGAGACACAGUUGAUACAACCGUUGACGAUGGUGUAAUAUUGGGAAUACCCAGUCCGGGUGGGACUGCAUUCCCAGAAAACCAAAGAAACGAGUCAGAGACAAAUCAUUGUGUCGUGAACAUACCGAGAUGCAGAGGCAGCCUGGAUGAUGGAGUCGUUUUAGAGAUAGAAGAAUCUAUCACUGUCGUACCUGUGGAGGAAAACGUAAACUCGCUGUAACGUUAAUGUGCAAGUGGAAAAAAGCUUUACAGAGCCUAAGUUCUAAGUUCUACUUACAGUUGUAAGUACAUUAGAAAAUCAAAAGUCGCGGGGAAAAUGGUCACAUCAGUUGCAACCAGUUAGACGGAAAAUCGAGUAGAAAUCUCUUAAGUAAAUGAUUGUAGUGCGGACACACCACCAAUUGAUGAAGUCUUCGUCAAUUAUGGAACUGCUUUAUAAAUUUUUUAGCUUCUGGUGAAAUACGUCCACGUACAAAGGAACCUUGCAUGAGCAAGUAGCUAGAGUAGAAGAGGAAACCAUAAACAAAACAAACCGAUUAUUUUCGGUACGCAAACAAUACUGCCUUCCUGUGGUUUGUAAAGCGUCUUUACAUUUAUAAUACUGACGAGAAACAAGAAGCUGAAUAGAAAUACAAUUCAACAGCUUAAGUCACAUUAUUCAUCGCGAGGAGAGGUGGGUUCGGAGGAUUUUGUAAUGAUAAAGUUUACCUGUUGGCGACGAUUGACUCUCCUCCGUUCCCUCCCUGAAAACCAUGUGCUCCCAUUCAAAGUCCUCCUCCCCCCUCCCCCCGUGAUAAAUGACGAUUGGUCCCUUCAAUGACAUUCGUGUAUGAGUAAUCAGGAAAAAAAAAGGCCUUUAGAUCAGUUUUUUAUGAAACUUUGUAAACAACUGAGUAGAAAAUGUGUAAAGGAUGUGAAAACCCCUUUGCGAUAAUUUGAAAGGAACAAAUUGCGAUAAUAGAGAGAUUUAGCACCGCGUUUACGUGAAACAAGAACGGCAAGAGUGAUCACGUGACCAUGUUUUUCCCGUCUUUUUUUUACGUUUGCCGGUUGAGCUUUGCCGUUUCCACGUGAAAGUAACCUGUUUCACGUUUGCCGUGUAUGUAUGAUUUUCUUCACUUUUUAGUUCACAAUUAAAUGAAAGUAGAAGUUAAUUGCCGAAAAAAUAGUACCAAAAUCACGCGAAGCUAAAGGCGCAAGAUUCGUCCUAUUUUAGCUGAAACGUGAGUGGGCAAGCUGACGUUUGCCGUUUCACGUAAAAGUGGUGCUAAAUGUCACUAAUUACCUAGUGAAAAACGCUAAGAUCAGGCUAUGAAAAAAAAAAAACAAACAAAAGAAAAACGAGAAACUUUUAUUCAUAAUUCCAUUUGAGGUACACAAAGUAAAGUGUUAGAUCUCAGGUGUGCUAACUGAACACGUGAUCUUCUGUCUGAUCGAUCGAAUAAAAGUAAUCCUCAAAACAACUUUAUUCAAUAAAAGUUACUGACGCUCUGAAAACGUGAAGUUCUUGAGCAGAAA